UGGGGGGGACGGGGCUUUGGGAGACGGCAAGGGGCGGGGCCUGCGGGGAGUGGAGGAAUUAAAUAAAACUGGGCGGGCCUUAAGAAUUAAGAGUCCAUGACUUGGUGGGCGUGGCCUUGAGAAGCGUGGCCUUGGUGGGGGUGUGGUCUCUUGGCUGCGAGAGGAGCUGUUCUGAAUGGGCGGGUCCAUAAUGGGGCGGAUCCAGACGUGGAAAUGUUAGCCCUCUCCCUUCUGCCGGGUAGCAUGGGGCAUCGUACUCUAGCCUCCGUCCCUGCCCUGUGGGCCUCCAUCCCCUGUCCACGCACUGAGCUGCGUCUGGACCUGAUUCUGGCUUCUGGACAGUCUUUCCGGUGGAUGGAGCAAAGCCCUGCGCACUGGAGUGGCGUGCUGGCGGACCAGGUAUGGACACUGACCCAGACUGAGGAGCAGCUCUACUGCACUGUGUACCGAGGGGACAAGGGCCGGGCUGGCAAACCCACACUGGAAGAGCUAAAGGCCGUGCGACAGUACUUCCAGCUGGAUGUCAACCUAGCUCAACUGUACCACCAUUGGAGUUCCGUGGACCCCCACUUUCAAAAGGUGGCUCAGAAAUUCCAAGGUGUGCGACUCCUGCAACAGGACCCCAUUGAAUGCCUUUUCUCCUUCAUCUGUUCCUCCAACAACAACAUCGUCCGCAUCACUGGCAUGGUGGAGCGGCUCUGCCAGGCCUUCGGACCUCGGCUCAUCCAGCUUGAUGAUGUCACCUACUAUGGCUUCCCCAGCCUGCAGGCCCUGGCUGGACCGGAGGUGGAAGCUCAGCUCAGAAAGUUGGGCCUGGGGUACCGUGCCCGUUACGUGAGUGCCAGUGCCCGAGCCAUCCUGGAAGAACGGGGCGGACUUCCCUGGCUGCAGCAGCUGCGCAAGGCCCCCUACGAGGAGGCACACAAGGCCCUCUGCACCCUGCCAGGGGUAGGCACCAAGGUGGCCGACUGCAUCUGCUUGAUGGCCCUAGACAAGCCCCAGGCUGUGCCUGUGGACAUCCACAUGUGGCAGAUCGCCCAGCGUGACUACAGCUGGCACCCCACUACCACCCAGGCCAAAGGUCCGAGCCCCCAAGCCAACAAGGAACUGGGAACCCAGAGCCGUGGCAAGAGCAGCUCCUGUUCCACCCCUUAUCAGCCAGAAGUGAAAAGCCAGGGCCAGUCAGGCCAUGCAGGGCCACCACGGGGCCUGGAAACAGGAAGCAGUGAUCAACUGACCAGAGGAAGUACCACCCUGGACUCAGCCACCCCAGCCAUCCAGGCCCAGGAGGUCCCAGUUUCACAGAAGGAACAACUGAGGCACAGAGAGAUGAAGGGUUCAAAAUCAGCAGUUGGUCAGAAGCGGAAUCGAAUUCGAACCCAAGUCUGUGUGGUGCAGGAAGCUGGCCAGUUUCGCCCUUUGGCCUUGCUGAGUUUCUUUCAGGCCAGUUCUGGGAGCUCCUUUAGGGAAGGGCUCUAUCCACCCCUUCCCCCCCGGCCCCCGCCACCGGAAUUACGCCCUGGGAAGGGUUUAGGAGACUGAUGGAGGUGGAGGGAUGGGAUAGUAGGGAAAGGACUAGGCAAGAGUUGGCAAUGAAGAGAAUUGAGGCAGUCGUAGGAGAGGGCCCCAUUUGACAGGCUUGAAAACUGAAGCCUGAAGUCCCUCUCUGAGGCAGAGCUAAGGCUUUAAUUCCCUACACCUGCCGGGUGAAACGGGUGUGGUGCCCUGAGGGACUGGGGCUGGGAGGGGAGGGGGAGGAGGGAGAGUUAAAUCAGGAUCCCAGAGG